CCCCGUCGCAGUCCCGUCGGCGCCCCGCCGCCGUCUCGCUCCGUCCGCUGUUUGACCAAACCUUAAAAGUUAUUACUUACUUCAAAUUUAUUGCAGGAGUCUUGUGAAAAUCUAAGUGUAAGUAAGGUAAAAUAUGAUUGAAUUAACUGCGACUUCUUUGGGGCAGCGGCAAAGGGAGCUUAACUUCAAAGUGGCUGAGACUGUGAGGGAAAAAAUAAGUUUCGAUGAUAUUAAGUCAACAGAAGAGAAGUCAGACGUGGACAAGCUUUUUAAAAUUGAUGUUGCAUCUGAAUAUAGAAAUAUUGAUUAUUUUAUAGAAAUACUUAAAUGCGGCGAUAGUUUAUUGAUUUCGCGAGCUCUUAAUUGUGAUUGGAUUUUCAAUGACGAAUAUUCACUCUUUAUGAAUCCAGACUAUCUUCACAAUGAAGUCUUUCCCCUGAUGUCUAUUAAAAUGAAAACUAAAUUGCUUAAAAAACUUGCGUAUCACCUGAGGAAUGAAACUAGAACUGAAGCAUUUUCAAAUUAUUGCAAUAACAUGAAGAUGGAAUGGUUAGCAUUUAAAUUCUUCUUAUUUACAUCAGAAGCCUUUAAACUUAAAUUAAUUAAAGAAAAUUGCAUUUACUUACGCAAUCACGCCUAUACACCAUUGUUUAUUGGAAAUUCCUUUGCUCUUGCUGAAGGAUAUCUUACUAAUGAAUAUUACAUUUACCAGCAUGAACGUAUUCUAGAUAAGCUUGCUUAUCUGUACCACGUCGACGAGAAUAAAUAUUUGGAUUUAUUAGAAAAAUAUGUUAUGCCAGAACAUGGAUUUGUCGCGAUGGGAUGCCGACUCUCAAAACAUAUUAUGACAAAACAUAAACAUCGCGUGCUAAGAUUACCCUUAUUGUAUGUGAAUAAAGUUAAAAGAAAUAUAUUACUUCGUUAUUCUACAACCGCAGACGUAAAAAUAUAUAUCCCUGCCCUCUUGCCAACUUUAAAAAUGUUUUGGGAGUUCAACUUCUACAAACGUUAUAAAUACCUUUUUAAGUUUAUUCCAUUUGAUGAGACAUACAAAUUCCUAAAGUCAAUAUUUCAUUUGACAUAUGGUGAUGUACCAUUCGAAAUGGAUCGUAAUUUUUUCUUUAACGAAUACGACAUUAUCCUAACACAAGAAGAAAAGGAGCAGUGGGCUCUGAAGCAUAUAGAUGAAGCCAAAGAGAUAUUGGGAACAAAUAAUGAUUAUAUUUUGUAUCAAUUUGUGAACUUUACACAAGCUUUCCCAAACAUUAAGAAAUAUAUUGAUAUUACACCCGAUACUGACAUUAGGAAUAAAAUGAUUAAGGUUUUAAUACAGUCAAUAAGGACCAAAGGAGAUUUAGAGAUUUUAAUGAACUAUUAUUAUAAGAGACAUAAUAAUGAAAAUGAUAAUUACAAAAGAAGAUUUUUUGAGCGGUAUAGUACAAUACAGAUUUAUACUUCAAUGCGAUGA